AUGACGUCUGUGCUUCCUCCCUCCCGAGGGUUGUGGGCGGCCGUGCAGGUGGUCGAGUCCGGAGGGGGUGAACAGAAACCCGGGGGGUCCCUGGCCCUCCUCUGCCAGGCCUCCGGCUUCACCCUCAGCAACCACUACAUGCAAUGGGUGCGACAGGCGCCCGGGAAGGGGCUCGAAUACAUCGCGUAUAUCAACAACGGUGGUGGCGAAUACUACGCGCCGGCUUUCAAAGGGCGCUUCAGGAUCUCCAGGGAUGACUCCCGGAGCACGCUCACGCUGCAGAUGAGCAGCCUCAGGGACGAGGACACGGCCACCUACUACUGCGCCAGAGUCUGGAGCCACUCCAGCCCCUUCCUGGGUGAAGACGCAGCCCUGCCAGGGCUGCGGGCGGCCGUGCAGCUGGUCGAGUCCGGAGGGGGUGAACAGAAACCCGGGGGGUCCCUCACCCUCCGCUGCCAGGCCUCCGGCUUCACCUUCAGCAGCUACUACAUGGUUUGGGCACGGCAGGCGCCCGGGAAGGGGCUGGAGUGGGUCGCGGGUAUUUGGAGUGGUGGUGGAGACCUUCAGAAAGAAGCUGGGAUCUGGGGACACAGGGGGAUCAGUGGGGCCAUCUCCUACCUGGAGGCCUCCGGCUUUGACUACACCAGCUACGCCAUGAACUGGGUGCGACGGGCGCCUGGGAAGGGGCUCGAAUACGUCACGGGUGUUACCAACGAUGGUGGUUACACAGAGUACGCGCCGGCUGUCAAAGGGCGCUUCACCAUCUCCAGGGACAACUCCCGGAGCACGCUCACGCUGCAGAUGAACAGCCUCAGGGACGACGACACGGCCACCUACUACUGCGCCAAAUACGCUGGUGCCAUGGAUGAAGAAGAUGAACAAGACCCGGACGAGCACUGA